UACUCUAACGACUAACGAGUAAAUAUUACUGUUAGUACAUACAAUUUUAUUCGCAAAGAACGUAAAAGAAUUUAAGAAACUAUUUAUAAUUGUCAAUAAUAAAAUUAACUCAAAUUAUUAAAGCCAAAAAUAAAUAUGGCACAUGAAGUGAACGAAUUAUGCAAAUUGUUAUUUCCUGAUACUUCCACAGAGAGUGUAGAGUAUUUCAACGAUAUAACCGAAUAUAUUAAAAAGAUUGGUUCCCAAAACUGGGAACAAAUAUCUAAAGAGCCAGAACGGCUUAAUGAAGAAAUGAAACAUUUGACAGAAAAAACGCAGGACUUGGCUUUUACAAAUUAUAAGACUUUUGUAGAAACAGCUGAAAUUUCCAAAACAAUUAUAAAGGAUCUUGGAAAAUCCAAAUCAUCUGUAAACCAGUUUUUAGAGGCAGCACCUCAGUUUGUUCAAGAUUGUGAAACAUUUGUAAAAGAUGCUAAUAGUAUUAUGGAAGACAAAAAGAAAUUAAGCAAUAUUAGAAAUCAUACUGAUAAAUUGUUGGAGCUAUUAGAAUUGCAGACGUUAAUGAGAGAAGCAUUGAAUUGUGAGGAUUAUGAAAGUGCAUUGGAUAUUUAUACUUUUGUUCAAAGCUUAUCUAAGAGAUAUUCUAAUAUACCAAUUAUACAGAACACUACCUCAGAAAUUAUGACACUUUGGUAUGAAACACUUUAUCAUCUCUUCAACCAACUGCAUUAUGACUUACCUCUGCCGCAUUGCUUACAAAUUUUAGGAUAUCUUCGCAGAGCAAACACCGUUUUUAAAUCAACCGAGGAGGAGCAACUUUAUGCAGAUGGAGUUAAGAAUUCAUCAGACGGCCUGCAUUUACAUUUCUUGAAGGCGCGCAAUGCAUGGUUUGAGAAAGCUGUUGAAGACGCUAAAUCCUCUGAAUCGUCUGAGAAGUUAUUGCGGCGCCUUGUAGAACUUCAUAGGAUCCACCUGUUCAAUGUUCUGACCCAGCACAAAUCUAUAUUUCUAUCAGAGUCGCAGGAAACUAAGGCGAGAGAUGAUGAGUUGAAUGGAACAAGUGCUCUGUCCUGCUGGUUGAAACAAAAGGUGGACGAGUUUGCGGCAAUGUUGAAUGAGAAUCUGCUGAAAGAGGACGAAUCAAGCUUUGAAUCCUUAUUGAACCAGUGUCUGUACCUCUGUCUCUCAUUCGGCAGAGUUGGAGCCGACCUGAGAUGUGUCAUGACACCACUGUUCAGAGACAAUGUUCUUAUACAAUUUAAUUCGGGACUCGAUAAGGUUAACACACAAUUUGAGCAAAGUAUGCGAGUGUAUAAAGUAGCCAGUAUAAAAAAUGUUCCCAGACCUAUAAAUGAAAACAUGGCUUCCGGACCACCAGAGAUAUUAUUGGAUUAUUACCCAUUAGCUGAAUAUUGUAACGGACUAUUGACGGUUCUUAACUCCAUCCGAAUAACUGCUCCUUUAAAUAUAGUCAAAGAUGUAAACAGAGGAUUUAAGAUGUCCUUUGAAAAAUCUGUUCAGAUUUUACUAGCAUUUUAUCACAGAGAACAACAGGCGUUCACCGAUGUUGAGAGGCAGAAUUACGUGUCAUUCUGUGUGUGUUUUGUGGAGGAUUUGGUUCCUUAUAUUUGUAAAUGUUUAUCUAUAUCGUUCCCACCAUCACAUAUCGCAGAGUGUCUAGGAGUAACACUUACAGUUCUGCAAGACAGUAAGAUACUUUAUAUAGCACAGUCGGAAAUAUGCAAGCCUCUAAAUAGCAUUACUGGUCUUGAUUUAAAUUAAGAUGAUUUUUAAUUGUUUAUGCUAUAUUUGUAUAAUAUAUUGCCAUAGCAGUAGGUACAGUCUGAACAGCAACUGACGGCAUUCUAAGGACCAGGCCACAACAGUGUGUUGGGGCGUCGUAUCUUAUUAUUCGAACCAGAACAGAACAGUUACAAUACAGUCCCUAUUUUGAAGCAGAAAUAGGUUGUGGUCGUAAAAUCAGACAAACACUGCUUUAUAUUUCUAAUUUUCCUUAUGUGCCUUCCAUAAAAUAUGGCAUAAUCAUAAAAUCCCUGAUUUCAUCCAAGCUUCUAUGGCGAGCAUUGUCAGUAAGAAGCAUUAUUGGUCCAUCAUCAUCAUCGUUUCGGCCUGAAGACGUCCACUGCUUUGCAAAAGCCUCCCCGAAGGAUCGCCAUGACGAUUGGUCCUGCGCUAUCCUCAUCUAACCUACUCCGGCGAUUCUGACCAGAUCGUCGGUCCAUCUUGUGGGGGCCUACCAACACUACGUCCUCCGGGUACGUGAUCGCUAUUCGAGAACUUUACUGCCCCAACGGCCAUCUAACCGUCGAUCUAUGUGCCUUGCCCACUGCCACUUCAGUUUCGCUACCAGCUGGGCUAUAUCAGUGACUUUGGUUCUCCUACUCCUCAUUUUUGAUUCGAUCUCGCAGGGACAACUUUUUUUUCCAUAACAUUGGUCCGUAAUUUUAUGAUCAAGAGGAGCAUGUCCUCAUUCAUUAUACUUACAGUGAAGACAGAGUGGUAUUGCCUCGUGGCACGAUACAUCCAUAUUCGUUUGUCCUUUUUUCCAUAAAAGAUACAGGUUAAUUAGUGCCCCCAUUUCUGUCUUAUCAGAAAGCUUCAUUUUUCAGCCCUUGUCCAAAUUUUUGGGGUGUUGCAAAUGAAUGAUGUGUACCUAUGUACUAGAGAGUGGGAUAACAAACAACCUAUUAUGCUCAUAAAAUAGAAAGUGUGUUACACAUACAAGGUUAGAGCAUGUAAUUUAGCCACGGAAUAGAAAAUUUAAAUGUAGUAAGAUAUUGUGAUUUAUAUCUUCGGAUAGGAUAUUUACCUAAUUAAUAACAAUAAAACAUAAUUUAUAGUAAUUAUUAUUAUGAAAUAUUUAUUACAUAAAAAAAUAAAAAACCUUAGAAUGAACCAUUUUGCCUGCAUAUAAGCCUAAAACGGGUACCCACUUUUAGGCACCACACAGAGGUUUUCUUUUUCUUCUUGCUGUUCUUUUGUCGGUGUGCUAGUUAACAAUUCUGUUUUUUGAACCUUUCCCUUUAGAUUUGUUUUGUUUGGACUCAGUUUUGGCAACGGUCUAAUGUCUACAGGUUUUACAUGAACCAAAGGUGGCGCAGGCGAUGGGGAAGAGACUGGCCGAAGGGAAAUAAAAUCCACCGGUGUAGAACAUGAAAUUCUGUUUUCAAUUGGGGUUACUUCUGCUAUUGGACCUUGUAAUCAGAUCGCUGUUUUCGAAAUUUUUCGUAACUUCAGUAGGAAUUGGGUUGAUUUCUUGUACGUCAGGCACGUCAGUAGGAAUCAAGCUGUUAUAGCGCUAGCGCUGACAGAUAAACACUGCGAUCAGAUUCAAGGGAUAGACGAAUACUGGAAGAAGUUUAUAUAUGAGUGCAGACUGGGACGGGUCAUUAACGGUUGUUGAGACUGAAAAGAGUGAUAGUCCGUCAAAGUAGCAGGCAAAAAUAUGUGGCGAUAUGUUGGCCAUGUAUCCCAGUGAAAUUUAAGCCAUUAAUGGCGUUUUGUGCAUUAGCUGCUCUCAUAUAAGCGUCGCAAAAUAGUCGUGAUACUUCGUAUUGGGAAAUGAUUCGUCCUACAUGGCUUUUUUGAAAGCCUGAAACUGCUUGCUCAAAAUAAGUCUUCAAAGAACCGUAUACACACCGAUCUAGGGGCUGCAUACGAUGCGUCGUGUAAGGAGUAAGCGAAACAAAAAUAACGUUAAUCUUUGAUCUAUACUCUAAAGGCCCAAGGCAUUUGUGAAAUUCGUGGUUGUCUAUCACCACUUCACACCACUUUUCUCUCCGUUGUUGGGCGAGUAGCUUCAAGAAAAUGAUCAAGCCAUUCUAAAAACGUCUGUCUCGCGAUCCAGCCAUUGUCUGUGCAAGUAGCGUUUGUGCUAGGUGGAGCUCCAUCCAACAAUCUGGCAACAAUCCUCUUCCUUCCAAAAAUGAGGAAUGGAGGAAUAAAAGAACCAGCCGCAUUACAACAACAGUUGUUAAUGUGCCUCUCUCGACGCUGGAAAUUAUGCUAAGCUGUUUUUUCCCUGUAUUGGACAAAAUUUUGUGGGGCUUGUUAUUGGUUGUUUGUAUGGCAAUUUCAUCAACAUUGUAAGUUCGCGUAGCAUUUACGGCGUGUUUUUCUAUCUCUGCUUCCAGUAUGUCGAAGAACCUUUGAACUUGCGGCUUAUUGAAUCCUCGGGCACGUGCAAUAAGGUAGAGGCGUCAAUGAAGGCCCACUUAAUUUAAAAAUUUCGUAAAAUCUUGCAGAUAAGCAAAGUGAAGAAAAAACAUAAUGGAAGUUGUAUUAUAUUUAUUCGAGAAACAAGAUAUCUAAGAAAGUAGUACAGCUUUUGGCAUUUUAACACAAUUGUAAACACUUUUUAGAAACUUGGUAUUGGGCUAUCCUGGGAAGCUGGUCGCUCAAGAUGGCCCGAAAAAUAUUAAUGAAAAUAUAUUAUUAUUAUAAAAACUUAAACACUUAACAUAAAACAUCAAAAUAAAAGCACAUCCUUCACAUAACAUUAUUGAUAAAAGGUUAUCAAACAAAAAUUUAAAUCUUAAGUCUAUCAAAAUAAAAAUCAACUAUAAAAUAAAUACAAACUACUAAAUAAAAUAAAAUUUUACUUUGAGGUCAACUUUGAAAGUAACUUAUCGAAAAUAAAAAUAAGCAAGUUCUUUUUUCUAAAAUUUUUUAUAAUGUCAUUCAUAGGGCUAUCCAAGGAAUACUGAAAAUAACUUUGAGAUCAACAAAAUAUACUUAAUUACUUAAAAUAAAUUAGACGCUACUGUCUUUAAUUGAGUGUGUACACUCCUAACAAAAAAUCAGAAAAUAAUCUCAGAAAUGAAUUCACUUAAUAGUUUAAUCAGAUCUUUAAUUGCACUCUGGACAUAUGAAUUGCUCCUGAUUGCCUUUGGAUAAACCCACACAGACUUCAUGAUACCAUUUUUGACAAUUUUGGUAUUGAUGCAUAUCAUCAAGUCUCACCUUGCAUCCAUGGCAAUACCAACCAUGUUUUUCGAGUGUUUUAGAUUCCUUCUUACUUGCUUUUGUCACCUUCUUAUCUUUAUUCAGUCGUCUUCCUCUGGGUACUUUUUUAAGUUCAUUACCUUCAAGUUCAUUCAUUCUUGUUUAUUUUUUGAGAAAUUCGCCGUUUUUUCUUUAGUAGUAUCAAACAAAUCUUUAGUUAUUUCAUCGAUUUUCUUCUCGGUUUGUAUUUAAUUGUAGCGAAGUUAGGAAUGGGGAUUUGUUUGUGAAAUGGUGAUUUCUCAGAAUGUUUUUUCAGUUCUGAUAAAGGUAAAUUAUCUUCUGGAUCAUCAAGUUGAACUUUAUUGGGCACAGAGAACGAUGGUUUUCUGAGGUCCGUAUUUAAAUAUUCUUCGUCUGAUUCAGGAGAUGAAGUAUAAAUAUUAAAACGAUUUAUAAAAUUUCAUUUUUCAAAGGCCUUUAUUAAAAUCCUCAUUUUCAGAUAAAUCAGGCGUACUUGAACCUAAACGCGGCUGCUUAUUUAAGCCAAAAGGUAGAAGUAACAGCUGAACAAAACUCUGUACUUCUAUUAUAUUUUUCCCAAUCAGCUAGCUUUUGAAUCGGAUCUUGAUUCUCCAAGUUGUCUAUUUUAAAAUCUUCUAAAGAGGAACUAUAAUCAACUAUUUUUUUGAAAAAUGCUGGUGAUUGCGGAUAAGAUUCAACGAUUUCAACUUAAUUUGCAUAAUUUGGGGAUACAUCGUUCAUCGGGUCAUGGGGAAAAUUGAUGGUGAUAAAUUCCUCUCCUCUUCUUCAUCAUUUGAAAAAUUUUCAUCCAAAUGAUUGUUGCAGCUUGGGUACCGUAACAGGACUUCUUGGAAUAGAAUCUCUUGAAGGAUUACCUUCAAUUCAUUAGAAUUAAAAACUGAAUCAGGCAUACUUGAGGAACUUGCAACCUGUGGAUCAGGCAUUAGUGUAAGUACUGAAGAUGCAUACGCGUCUUCAGAAAUUUAGCUAGGAUCGUAUGAGAAGAGGCCAGUAGCUCUAAACCCACUAUGUUGUCCUUGGUCAUGCACUUAGACCAACCUUUUGUAAAAAAUGUCUUAAAACGAGCUUUGGUCAGUAUACGUUCUGGAUAUGCAUACAACAAAACCUCAUCGUCCCAAAAAUGUUCGAAAGACUUAUUAACGGAUUUGUCUAGCGGUUCAAGCGCAUUGUUCAGCUGUAAAAACCUUCUGUUGAUGGUGUAGUGUUAGACGACAUCCCUUUUCCUCCUUGUUAUAAAGGCGUUCCGGGUGGUUGGAAAUAUUUAAUUCAUCGUGUAUGUCUUUUAGGGCUUCAAAAUGUUUUGAACUAUUGGCUUGUUAAGUUUUUGUGCUCUGGCAGGAUUUAACAAUUGAGCACGUCGAAGUGAAAUUUCUGGAUUUCGUUUCAAAAAAUUUUUAAGCCAUUUUUUUCCAGCAAUAUUCUUUUUAUCACUAAAAACCUUGCAGUUUGCCCCCUCUCAUAUAAAAAAAAAUCACUAAAAAGAUUCGGUACAUUAUUCGCUUUACAAGAUUCGUAGGCCUGCUUCCGAACUAUUUUGGGAGUUAAUGGCGUUCCUAUCUGAGACAGUCUAAUUAUUAUUUUGCAUAAAUCUUUUUCUUGUGAAUUAUUAAGAAUAGGGACACGACCCUUUCCAUGGAACCAGAUUCUAUGUGCUUUCUUAAUGUUCGCCUUGGUAUGCCAUAUGUUUCAGCAGCUUUACUCUGUAACAUUUGGCAGCCUUUUACUGCUUGAAGGGUAAAUUUCAACUGUGUUUCUGUCCAUUCUCCGCGCCGUUUUUUAGUAGAGGGCUCCAUUUAUAUCUGCGAUAAAAUAAAUUUAAUAAACAAUGAAAAAUUUUGCAGCUUAAAAAGUAAUUGAAAUAAAAAUUGCUGACUUCAAAUUUAAUGCAUGGUUAUUCAAUCUCAACAAAGGUAAAAGCAUCAGUAGAUGACCACUUAAGUACACAUAAUUACCUAUUUUAAUGUUUGACUUUAAUUAUCAUCUGAAUUCAAUGCGUACUUUUUUUUGUGCAAGUCUUAACUAAUGAACCAGUAUUUUUUCACGUAGAAUGGUCGAAUAAAAAUUAAAAAAAGUCCAAGUCUUAGAAAUUUAGUAGUUGACCAUCCAAAAACUAGUAGAUGACCAUAUUCCGACGAUCCAAGCUCUUUCAAUGUAGAAUCAUUAAUUUGGUUCAAUUGUUGUAGCCUAUUCAGUUCAUCUUUUGUUUUUUUACCCACAAAUUAAACAGCGAUAAAUCAACCAAAUCACCUGACCAUUCAUCCAGUGUUGCAUCAAAUGAUACUAAUUUUUCGGGAUUGAUAUUAUCGUUCAAAAUUUUUAAGCCUUUUUUCAGAUGGUGAAUUGUCCUCAAAUGUCCUGGUUUUCGCUGUUACUCUCAAGUGGGACUUUUACCUCCAAUGGGUUUCACGGAAAUAAGCCACAUUUCUUAAAUCCAUUUGCCAAAAUUGAUUUAUUUAUGGUAUUGCCCAUUACCUCGUGUAAUAACUAAGCAAAAUCUUUUUUCUUAAGUACGUGAGGCUCGUCAUAUUUUAUUUUAUCAACCCUCCAAUAUUGUACAUGCCUUCUCCAUUCUUCUUUUAGUGGCUUAAAUACUGCCACAUCCAUGGGUUGCGUUAGGGUAAAGUGCUACUAACACGGUUCCUUUUUCUUCACAAAACCGGCUAGUUUGAAGUGAUAAGUGAGAUAUGUGUCCAUCAACAAAGAGAAUAAGCGGUAAUGCUAUUUCAUUUUUAAUCAGUCAAGGAUAAAAUAUAUCAGCAACAAAUUCAAAGAAUGCUUCACACGUCAUCCAACCUGAGUCACUUUUUCCAAUGCCCCAGUCUGAAGGGAAAAUAUCUGUAAUUUCUUGAGGUAACCGCUUAUAGCUGAACAAUAUCGUGGUAGGAGCUAGGCACCCGUUUGCAUUUCCAGUUACCAACACAGUUAAACAUUCCUUGUCGUCAGCAUUUACCUUCUGAUACACACUUUUUUCACCUUUCCUUGCAAGCACUUUAGAUCCUUUUGGUGCUAAAAAGAAUGUUGUCUCAUCGCAGUUAAAUAUUCGCGAUGCAUCAUUCAAGGCAUGGCCACUAUCUUCCAACUCCUUAUUAAGUUACGUAAGUUUUUAACACGCUAAACGCCAUGGGGGUCACCGGUGACCUCAACGUAUAGUCAUAUUCAAACUACUUUUUCUCGCCGCCGGCCAUACUGACUGUUACUUUAUUCAUACUCCGUGACCGGCACGGCGCUGUAGAACUAUACUGCGCAGUGGGACAAACAUACCUUGUAAGGAAUUGAAAAAAUGAAAGAUAGCGAAAAAAGUAACCAAAAUAAAAAUUCAGGAUAUAUAAUUCAAAUUAGUCUUUAUUAUUUAAACAAAAAUUAGCAGUCUUUAUUUUUUAAUGAAAUACAAACAUAAAAAUCAGUUUUACUGAAAAAUAAAAUAAAGUUCUCAUUAGUAAGCAUAAUUACAAACAACCAUUAGAAAUAUAAAUAAUUAGCCAUAAUAUUUGACAAAACAUGCUGUAAAAGAUGAGAUAAGAAACCUUUUAUAGCAUCAACAUAUUAGCGAUGGACAUAAUUGAAACAUUUUAGACAAAAGUGAGGCUCCCCCUUACAUUGCACACAGUACGUACUCACUUUCUUAGCUUUAUUCUUAGCUACUUUACGACCAAAUUCCUGUACUGAAUCUUUAUAACAUUGCAUGCAAAAACGACGCGUGUGUCUUACUUUUCCUUCCUUUAAUUUUAGAACAUGCUUGAGUCUUUUAGGUCUUUCAUUGAUAAUUAUUUCUUGGGAAUCUGCUGGCCGAGUCAAAUAAUUUAUGAGAGCCCUCCUAAAGUCGACAAUUGAAGAUUUGCUCUGCUUAUUUUCAUUGUACAUGACCCAAGCAUUUACAACUGCCGUAUUUAGAAGUAGUUCUAUUGCUAAUUUUCUAUACCAUUUUACGGUUUUCCGCAAUGGCGAAGAAUAGGCACCCAUCUGGUCACUCAUGUCUACAGACCCUUUCGAUUUAUUAUAAUCCAAAAUAACUUUUGGUUUACGAAUCUGUUUGCCUUUUUUCACCACCACAGCAAUUUUGUCGGAAUGCUUUGUCGACAGCAUAAGCACGUCCCUCUUAUCUUUCUAUUUAAGCACUGUUACUCCAUCUUCAUUCUCCAUAGCCAUUGUUUCACCUUUUUGCAGUUUCGAAUCAACAACAGCCUUAGGCAAUCCUCUUCUGUUUUUUCGCAAUGUGCCAAUUAAAUGGGUUUGCUUCUCCAAUAACCGAUAAGCCAGUUGCAAGCUAGUGUACCAAUUAUCAGUUGCUAGCGUGUGUCCUUUGUCAAAUAUAUUUUCACAUAGUGCCAUCACCACAUUUGUUGGCGUAGUAUUUAUUGCGUCAAUGUUUUUCCUUCUAUACAAAUUAAAUUUGCAAGUAUAUCCGGGAACAGUACAUAACUUAAAUAGCUUCAUGCCAUACUUGUGUCGCUUACUUUUAUUGUAUUGCCUGAAUAUUAUUCGACCUCUGAAAGGUACUUGGCUUUCAUCCACACAAAUAUCUUCUUUAGGCGAAUAAUAUUUCUGGAAAGUAGCAUUGAGAGCAUCGAUUAAAGGUCUUAUUUUGGCAAUACGAUCGUUUCUGUCGACAGAUAAAUUGUCGCUAAAGUGUAGGUAUUGCAGUAGUAACUCGAAGCGGUUCCUACUCAUAACGGUGGCUGGAAAAGUUUGUCCAAGUAUCUUGUCUUUGCUCCAAUAAUAAGCUAAUUUCGGCAGCUUUACUACGCCCAUAAACAAGACCAGCCCAAGAAACUGUUUUAUUUCUGUCUUGUUUGUUGGCUUCCAUGAAUGAGACCUUGAUCCAGGCUUUGUUUGCCUGGCUGUGAUGUUUUGACUUGCGAACAAAUUUGUCUGCUCAGCAAUCAUUUCAAGAAUUUCUUCAGGCACCAAUAGAUCAUAAUACUGGUCAGGGCCAGCUUCUUUCAGCAAAUUAGAAUAUGGAGGUUUCAUACCCUCGAACUCGGUGAAAGGAAUCACUGAUGGCUGUCGUCUUUUUGGCCUCGACCAUUUUGAGGUAAUACGGUCAUUUUGCGAUAUAUUGGCGGCAACAAAAUUUUCAGCCGACUCACUGUCACUAUCACUAUCACUUGCGAUAACCAAACGUCUUUUCUUUUUCGGUAAUUGCAUGGGUUCACUAUCCGAUUCUACGAGAGCGUCAUUGUUUAUAGAAGCGAUCGAAAAAGAAAUUUCUAACGCGUUGUUUUGCUUCCAUUCAUCCUACGUAAAUUCGAAGUCCUCCAUAGCUAAAUCCAUAUCUAAAGGCUCGCACAUUAACUAUUCAAUAAGAAAAUGAUGACAGCUAAGAUAGUAGGAACGUAAUUGAUCUAGUAACACACGUUCUAUCACCGUAAGCGCGAGCGCACUACUGGUGUAGCGGGUGGCCGGCGGGGUGGCCGGCGCGGCGCCCGGUACCGGAAAAUAUAUUUUCUGUGUUUGUGCGCCAUGGGGUGCACCGGUGACCUCAGCUAUGUAUUUGACUGUAACUAUGUAACCCAUGCACAGAAUUGAAUAAAACUUAUUUUCUAUACGUAUCGUAACAUAAUAAACAAAUUACGACCAAAAGUA